CUCCCUCCCCCUGACCCCGCGGUGCCCGCCCCCCACCCCACCCCCCCGGGCGGCGGAGCCCCGACAGCAGCUCCCGGCGGCGCUUUCAGGAGACAGAUGGGCAGCGGGAGGCUUCGGGGGCUGCACCCAGGCUCUGAGCUGCCCUAGGGCUGCAGACUGGCUGGGUGUGGGCCCUAGACAUGGCCCAGCCGCUGCCCUUCGUCCUCAAUGUCCCUGAGAUCCCGGAGGACCAUGACCGGGAGCCCAGCCCGUACGACGAGAGUGAAGUCCAUGACUCCUUCCACCAGCUCAUCCGGGAGCAGAGCCAGUGCGUGGCUGAGGAGGGACUGGAGCUACGGCAGAGGGGGCUGGGGGCCGGAGCCCCGGGGACCUCGGGCAGUGGCCGCCAGGCCCCCCUGGGGCCCGAGGAUGCUGCUGCCCACAGCACGGCCACGCUCCGCAUCCUGGCCAGCAUGCCUAGUCGCACCAUCGGCCGCAGCCGCGGGGCCAUCAUCUCCCAGUACUACAACCGCACGGUGCGGCUUCGGCGCAGGGUCAGCCGGCCCCAGCUCGGGGGCGUGGGGCGCUCGGCCCGGCCCAGCCUCCGCCUCUAUGACCUGGAGCUGGACCCCGCGGCCCUCGAGGAGGAGGAGAAGCGGUCCCUGCUGGUGAAGGAGCUGCAGAGCCUGACGGUGGCCCAGCGGGGCCACAUGCUGAAGGGAAUGCCCUUGGGCCUGGCUGAGAAACGCAGCCUGCGAGAGGAGAGCCGGACCCUGACGGGGAAGCACAGGGAGCAGCGGGGCCGGCGUGGGCUCUUCCCCUGCUGUGGUUGGCUCCGAGACACCUGCGUCCUGGCCCUGCACGGCCUGGGGCUCUGGCUGCUGGCGGGUCUGCACGGCCUGAAGCCCUGGCGCUACGCCCUGAAGCGGAUCGGAGGCCAGUUCGGCUCCAGCGUGCUCUCCUACUUCCUCUUCCUCAAGACCCUGCUGGCCUUCAACGCCCUCCUGCUGCUGCCGGUGCUGGCCUUUGUCGUGGGCGUGCAGGCCGCCUUCCCGCCACCAGCCUCCCCGGGCCCUGUCCCCGCCUUCACGGGCCUGGAGCUGCUCACGGGCGGGGGCCGUUUCAGCCACACCGUCAUGUACUACGGCUACUAUAGCAACAGCACGCUGAACCAGCCGUGCGUGCCCGCCCCGGGUGGCGGUCAGUGUGGCCGCGAGACCGACGGCCUGCCCUACAACAUGCCCCUGGCCUACCUCUUCACUGUGGGCGGAGCCUUCUUUAUCACCUGCGUCACCCUGGUGUACAGCAUGUCACACUCUUUUGGGGAGAGCUACCGGGUGGGCAGCACCUCGGGGGUUCAUGCCAUCACCGUGUUCUGCUCCUGGGACCACAAGGUGACUCAGAGACGGGCCUCCCGCCUCCAGCACGACAACAUCCGAACCCAUCUGAAGGAGCUGCUGGCCGAGGGGCAGCUGCGGCAGGGUCCCCGGAGCGUGUGCGGGCGGCUGAGGCAGGUGGCGGUGCUGGGCCUCGUGUGGCUGCUGUGCCUGGCGACCACGCUGGGCUGCACCAUGGCCGUCUACGCCUUCUCCGAGUUCAUGAUCCAGAGCCCCGUGUCUGCUGAGCAGGGGGGGGCGCUGCUGGCCCUGCCGGUGGUGGUCUGCCUCCUCAACCUGGGGGCCCCCUACCUGUACCGCGGCCUGGCGGCCCUGGAGCGACACGACUCCCCAGUGCUGCAGGUGUACGUGGCCGUCUGCAGGAACCUCAUCCUCAAGAUGGUCAUCCUGGGGAUUCUUUGCUACCACUGGCUGGGCCGCAGGGUGGGCGGCCUGAGGGACCAGUGCUGGGAGAACUUUGUGGGCCAGGAGCUGUACCGGCUAAUGGUGCUGGAUUUCAUCUUUAUACUGCUGGACACGCUUUUCGGGGAGCUGGUGUGGAGGCUCAUCUCCGAGAGGAAGCUUAAGAGGAAGGAGAAGCCGGAGUUCGACAUUGCCGGGAACGUUCUGGAGCUGAUUUACGGGCAGACCCUGACCUGGCUGGGGGUCCUCUUUGCUCCCCUCCUCCCUGCCGUCCAGAUCAUCAAGCUGGUGUUUCUCUUCUACAUCAAGAAGACGAGCCUGAUGGCCAACUGCCAGGCGCCCCGCAGGCCCUGGCUGGCCUCCCACAUGAGCACCGUCUUCAUCUCGCUGCUCUGCUUCCCGUCCUUCCUGGGAGCCGCCGUCUUCCUCUGCUACGCCGUGUGGCAGGUGAAGCCCUCCAGCACCUGCGGCCCCUUCCGGACCCUGGACACCAUGUACGAGGCGGGCAGGGUGUGGGUGCGGCGCCUGGAGAAGGCGGGCCCCAGGGUCUCCUGGCUGCCCCGGGUCCACCGGUACCUGGUGGAAAAUACCUUCCCCGUCUACCUGGUGUCGGCCCUGCUGCUGGCUGUGAUCUACCUCAACAUCCAGGUGGUGAAGGGCCAGCGGAAGGUCAUCUGCCUCCUCCGGGAGCAGAUCAGCAAUGAGGGGGAAGACAAAAUCUUCUUGAUCAACAAGCUUCACUCUGUCUACGAGAAGAAGGAGAGGAGCAGGGGUGGUAGAACCCAGGAGGCCGAGAGGCUCGAGGAGGAUCCGGACGCCCGCUAGGACAGCCCUGCAUCCGCUCACAAGGAUAAACGAGGAAACGUCUAGGAAACACAGAAGACCUCCUCCAUCACGCGCUUCUGUCCAAAUAUUUCUGACGCCCAAACCGGGUCACGGGGGCCGGGGGGCCGGGGGGGGCCGCGGGCCCUGGCUGCGUCUCAGGCUCUCGACCAUCCGUGCUGGGGCUUCAGGGCGAACUGCAAAGGUACGAGACAAACGAGAACAUUAUCCGCCACCCAGCCGGCAUCCGGGCCUCCCGUCUCCUUACUCGCGUAGCUCGGAGGCUGGCAGAGAGGGGCGCGCUCUCUCCCCCAGCACAUAAAGUGAAAAUCGAGGAUACCUGUCCCUGGGAAAACAGAAACAAAAACAAAAACAAAAACAAAAACAAAAACCACAUUUAUUUGAACAGCCAAGAAAAAAAUUGCAAUUUAUUAAGAUUCAACAAAGCGUUGUCCUUUUGAAAGCAACUCUCGGUGCGUGUUCUUUAACGAUCACAUUCUAUGAGGAAAAAACAUUAAAAGCCACAAACUUGUUUUUUAAUCUCAGAGUUACAGACAUCUUUAAUUCAAAAGAAAAGGUCAAAAAAAAUUAACAAAAAACAAAAACAAACAAAUAAAGCGUCUUCACUUCCAUCCCCAAUUUUAAAAACUCCGUUUUUCUACAACCCGAUGCUAGGCGGCAGCACGGCCCGCUGUCUGGACGCACACGCAUGCACGCACGCGCGCUCGCACAUAUAUUUGACGUACACGCGUUAAGUACGUGUACGUCAAAUACAUAGGACGCAGGUAACGGCAAUGAGAUGCACUUACUCUGAGGAAGGUUUGUUUAGCUAAAUACACGACUAAACUUCAGAAAACAAGUCUUGAACCCGGUUUGUGCAUAGUUCAUGAUCCUCUAUAAAACCAGCUUUUGUCGAUCUGCAAUUUUGCAGGACUUUCUCUUUUUUUUUAAAAUUUUUUUUGUUUUUUUUUUUUUAAUUUUUUGUUUUUUGUUCUUUUUUUGUUUUGUUUUGUUUUGAUAAAACCAUUAAAAAGCUAAUUAAAAAAAAUGUAAUGCACAAGUUUCCUGAUCAAGCAGGCAGGGAGCACAAUGUUCAUAUAUUUUUAAAACAUACUUGAGGGUAUGUUACUCCAUUGUCUUUCUUUCUUGCAAAACAAUCAAAACAUUGAUCAUUUUUAAAACAUAAAGCAAUUUUUAAUAUAUAAAGCACUCUUCAAACAUCUAUUUCUUUUGAGUCCGUUAUUUGGUAAAUAUGUAACUGCUACACAUUAGAGAUUAGGUAUUUUUCUUCUUUGUGGUUUUUUUUUUUCCUUUUUUCUUUUUUUUUCUUUCUUUUUAUUUUUUUGUUUGUUUUUUAAUAACAUCUUCAGUGCUAGGAGUCGGGUUACAAAAUACAUGAAAUGGUGUGGAGCUGCCCCUCGGGAACCCUGGCUUUCCUGAGAGCGCGUCCACAUGUGCAAGACAGUGACCACAACGUCUCGUCACCUCGACGAAGGGGACACUCGACAGUCCACAACGAUGGCUGGAGGGAAGCGACGACACUUGUUCAAUCCCAGAGCUCUGAAGUAGCGAAUCUGCAUUCGGAAAAUAGGUUUCUUUACCACAGAAGUCUCUUUUUUUUUCUUUUUUUUUUUUUUUUUUUUUUUUAAAUUUUUUUUUAAAUCGGGACCAAUUUUUUUUUUUUUUUUUUUUUUUAAUUUUAAAGUCUGAAGGAGAAAAAAGGGUCUGUAAACAGGUGGGAGCCCUGAGCACGGGCCCCUCCGAAAGCGGUCACCACCCAGGUCCAAGUGCUUGGCCCCGCUCCUCGUGCGGGGCCGGUGGCUCUCACCAGUAUCUAUGGCCACGGUCCAGCACCAGCUGUUUUCUCUUUCGCUUUAUAUUCCAAAUGGAAACACGGUGCAAUACUCUGGUAAUAAUUCUCUUGCAUUAGUCCACAAUAAAAAGCUGCUAAAGGUAGGUAUACAUAUUAUUUAUCCAGAGAUAUACACUGUAAUUUUUAAACGCAGUAACAGAGUCCUUGAGUAAACAUUUACACGUGAAUUGUCACCGGCCCUGUCCUAUGAAUUCUCUUUAACGUAUAGGAUUAGCGAAAGGAAGAGCAGGGACACUCAGUGCAAAGUUAGAAGCUAAUAAUAGUAACAAACGUUGGACCAAUGCGCCAAAAAAAAAAAAAAGCAUAUACUGAAUAAAAGGGAAAACCCACAGUUAAAUCCUCACACGCUUAACACACAAACACAGGAGUGCGCACACGCGCGCACGCACACACACGCGCACACACGCACAUAGGCUGUGAACUCAGAAAUGUUUCCUGGAGCCUGUCUCUGCGCACUGGUGUCAGCUUGGGAGUGCAGAACUGGACGCGGCGAGCGCCCGCGUCUCCUUGUUGGCCUGCUGGAUUCAAGUAUUUGCAUGUUCGAUAUGUCUUUUUUUUUUUUUUUAACUUUUAAAAAAUAUUUU